UUUCUCUCUCUACUUUGGUGCUUGUAGAGAGAGAAAGAUUCAUUUUCACAGUCGGGAAAUAUGGUGAAUUACGUGUUGAUGAUCACCGCCGAGGCUCGAGAACCUCACCGAUCUUCAGCCUCAAGAAGGCUGCGAUGAUCCAAACUCAAAACGCUACAAAAACGCUACAAAAAUAAACUCAAGAAGGCUGCGAUGAUCUUCAGCCUCAAGAAGGCUUCGAAUGUAGAUGAAGUGUGGGAAUUGUGGAGAGUUGACACAGAAAGAGACAUGUGUGAGUUUGAAUGAAACAGUUGCACUGCCGAAGGGUUCCACUAACCUUGUUCAGAAGUGCAAAUUUUGCGGGAGGGAGGGGACUGUAACAAUGAUUACCGGCCGUGGCCGUCCACUGACCCAGGCAAUUAGUGAAUUAGGAAAGUUUUCUUCAUUGAUGUUGUUUGACUGCAGGGGCUAUGAGCCUGUUGAAUUUUCAUUUGGCAGUGGCUGGAAAGUUGAAUCACUGGAAGGUACUACAUUUGAUGGCAUUGACUUGUCUGGAGACGAAUUCGCUGAAUAUGAUGAGAAGGGAGAGUGCCCAGUCAUGAUAUCUAACCUUCGCUAUAUGUUCCACCUGGUGAAGUAGGUGGCAAAUCCCUGUGUUCAUUUUCACUGUAUAUAAAAUGGUGAACGGGUACAGACUUCUUACGCUGUAGAAAAAUUUGACCGCACGGGAAAAUCCGUGACUUGAUGCUUGUUCAACUGACAGUUAUCUUCUAGAUAUAUUGGUAACUACUUUAAGCGGACUAAUGAAAUGCAUUCCAUAGAUUGUGAUC